AUGCCAAAAAAAGCCGGACCCAUAAUCAAAGAAUCAACGGACGAGGCUUACGGAGUCGGUGGCAUUCCGUGCUGCUGGUGCCGAUGCUGCACUUGCAUUCAUCUGGAAUUUCUCAAGUCCGUGCCGGGUAUCAUCAAAACUUUAGAAGUGGUAAUAAGUUUCAUGGUGCAGGGACUACUACUGAAGUACGGACUGAGAUUUCACGCGCAGAUCGGCACGGCCUUCGAGGGCGCACUUACGACGUGCUCGGCUUGCUUUAUGACGUCGUUGAUCCUCCUGAUGUGCUACAUGGUAUCCGAAAAAUCGUACAAAUUAAUUCAAGCCUCUUACUUCGAGAUCAUGUUCGGUACUAUCGCCUGCUUCUUUUGCCUAAGCGCAGCCUCUUGCCUGGGAUUCGCCACGAAGACGUUUCUUUUGCCGCUCUACGUCGCAUCGGCUGGUUUGGAGGUAUAUCCAGCGAUGACCACGGCCUACAUGCUGUGUGGAACGCUCGGUGCGGUAUACGCCAUAGAUUGCUAUUUUGCAUUGAGAAAUUUGAGUAAGCGAACUUUGAUUUAA